UUUGUCGAUCUCGAUGAGGAUUGGCGAAAAUAAGAAAAAGCAAAGAAGAAAAGUUCUGACUCCUGUGACAUAACUUCAGCACUCGUUUAGACCAUUGACGCUUAGAUUUAUGAGAUAUAGAAAGUUGGUUUGAAAGUAUAACUUGAUCACAAUGAGUGCACCGUCAGAAGCUCCCGCUGCUGCAACAGCUCCAGUCACCGACUCACAGGCCAAUGCUCCAGCUUUGUCGUCUCCGUCAAAUCCGGUUGAGGAUCAAAGUCCUGCUGCGACUACAUUGCAAUCUACGGCCCAGGUUCCGCCUUCUAAUACCAGUGCGAAUAAUGAGAAAGAUAUUGAAUCGAACCUCCCGACUUCCGCUGCUGAUGGCCUCGUUCAGAGACCAUUCCCUCGCCCUCUUGAUACAGCAAAACCAGCGGCUCCUGCUGAACUUACCCCUGAUCAACAAUCGAAAUAUGAGGCAGUCCUGAAGGCGGUUUCUGAAUGGACCACUGUUCCGACAACAUCGGCAAAAAAUGCUCCCACGGCCCCAAUCACAGACGAUGAGCGCCUGUUCUUGACCCGGGAAUGUCUUCUGCGGUACUUGCGCGCUACGAAAUGGAAUGUCGCCGAAGCUAUCACCCGACUUCAGCGCACUCUCACUUGGCGCCGCGAAUAUGGCCUGGAAAAGCUGACUCCGGACUACAUCUCAAUUGAGAACGAGACAGGUAAGCAGGUUAUUCUCGGAUACGACAUCCAUGCGCGACCCUGUCUCUACCUCUUGCCCUCCAACCAGAACACGGAGAAGAGUGACCGCCAGGUUGAGCACCUAGUCUUCAUGCUGGAGCGCGUGAUCGACCUUAUGGGGCCGGACCAGGAAACUUUGGCACUUAUUGUGAAUUUCAAUGAGACGAAGUCUGGGCAGAACGCGAGUUUGGGUCAAGCUAAGCAGACGCUAAACAUUCUUCAAAACCACUAUCCGGAGAGAUUGGGACGGGCAUUGGUGAUAAAUGUGCCGUUCGUCAUCUGGGGCUUUUUCAAAGUAAUCACUCCGUUUAUCGACCCAUUGACUCGGGAGAAGUUGAAGUUCAACGAAGAUCUUCGGCAGCAUGUGCCUGCCGGCCACCUGAUGAAAUCCGUAGGUGGUGAUGUGGAAUUCCGAUAUGAUCAUUCCAUAUACUGGCCGGCUUUGAAUCAGCUGGCUGAUAAGAAAAGGAACGAGUACCGACAGCGCUGGAUCCAGGGAGGCAAGCGUAUCGGAGAGUUCGAGCAUUAUCUCAAGACCGGUACCAGCCCCAGUCUGUCUCAGUCCGAGAGCACCAACGGGGUUAGCGAGAAGCCGUGACAGGACUUCUUCAACCUCCUAUGGCCAUCACCUAUGCGCCGUCUCUUCGUUUUUCUUCCUGUUUUUCUACACGUGGGUCAAACGUCUCAUAAUUGCUUAGCCUGUUGCUGGAGGUAUCUGUGCAACACUGAGCGUCAUAAUCUGCUGGGGAAUCCGGUGUAUAUUCCCUUGACCUUCGGCCUCUUCCAUGAUUAAUGUUUGCUUCUUCUUCCCACCAGCCUUUCUUUCCCAAGUCUUGUUGUAUUUUGAGGCUUUUCCUGCCUGCUUUCGGACUAAUAGACGCUUAUAUUACAUGCUCGUUAAGAGGCUAUACUCUGGAAAGAGCGGAAUGUAUAUAGAACUGCAGCUACCUCCUCUCUAUAAACUUGAGAUACAAUCGAUGCUGUCAUGUAAUC